CUUACAGUGGAAUUUUAAGAAUUGUGAAGGCUGAUACACAAUGUGGUCUACUGUAGCUAAAUAUUUAUUACGGAGCAAACUCCCCUUCUCUGUAGCACACACAACACUAAAAGUCCAAAGGAACAAAUGUUCUCCUUGUAGUUCUCUUCUGUAUGUCUCUCGCUGGCAGCAUAGUGCUCCUGUAUAUGAACAGGCUUGUCUCUCUGAGACCAUUAUUCGGAACGUGGAGACUUUGGAUGCUCAGCGCUUUGUCUGUGUGCACUGGGAAGAUGGAGGACAAAGUCACUACCCAUAUGUGUGGCUGAGAGAUAACUGCCAGUGCCCCGAAUGCUUCCUUCUCUCUGCAAAGGCAAGAAAACUCCCGAUUGAGAAUUUGGAUGUGAACACCGGUCUAAGAACAGUCAAUCUGACUGACACAAAUAAGGUGUCCAUCACAUGGCCGGAUAACCACCAAAGCGAAUUCGAUGCCAAAUGGCUGAAAAAGAGAUGUUUCUCUAAAGAGUCAAGAGCAGAAAUGCAAGAGGAACUCUUUCUUCAAGAACAUCAGUACUGGGGAAAUGAUCUGAAAAUACCCACCCUGUCCUAUGAAGACGUCCUGCGCUGUGAUCGGACAGCUUACGAGUGGCUCUGCACCCUGCGGAAAGUGGGAAUUGUACUGUUGGAAGGCGCACCUGUGAAGCAGGGAGAGUUGGCUACAUUUGGCAAAAGGAUAGGCUACAUGAAGCAUACUUUUUAUGGGUAG